UUGAGCCUGCAGGCGGACAUGGCUUGAUCUCUGCGGGAAGUUUCAGGAAAUACAACAGGUGGACGUGCUCCGAAAAUGAUCCGCACCCUGCCGUAGCUCCUCUCGAGGCUGUGUUUAUUACCCACAACAGUUUCUACGAGCUUCAAGACGUGGACAGGUGACAUCAUGGAGGACAGCAACCUCAACGACUCUAACGUCAAAGUCGCUGUUCGUGUCCGACCCAUGAACAGAAGAGAAAAGGAUUUGAAAACAAAAUGUGUGGUGGAGAUGGAGGCAAACCAGACCAUUUUACAUCCUGCAAUCACAAACGUCAGCAAAGGAGACCCAAGGAAUCAGCCCAAGGUGUUUGCCUAUGACCACUGUUUCUGGUCCAUGGAUGAAACUGAAAAAGACAAAUUUGCAGAUCAAGAAGUUGUGUUUCAGUGUCUCGGAGAGAGUUUGCUGAACAAUGCUUUCCUGGGCUAUAAUGCCUGCAUCUUUGCUUAUGGACAGACGGGCUCAGGGAAGUCCUACACCAUGAUGGGCUCGGCCGAGCAGCCGGGUCUGAUCCCUCGGCUCUGCAGCUCGUUGUUCGGCAGGAUCGUGCACGAGGCCCGCGAGGGCGAGAGCUUCACCGUGGAGGUCUCCUACAUGGAGAUUUAUAACGAAAAGGUCAGAGACCUGCUGGAUCCCAAAGGAAGUCGACAGGCCCUGAGGGUCCGAGAGCACAACGUUCUGGGUCCCUAUGUUGAUGGUCUCUCACGCCUGGCUGUGGCCAGCUACAAGGACAUAGAGUCUCUGAUGUCAGAGGGAAAUAAAUCUCGAACGGUGGCGGCCACAAACAUGAACGAGGAGAGCAGCAGGUCACACGCUGUGUUUAAUAUCAUCCUCACACACACGCUCAUGGACCUGCAGUCUGGGACAAGUGGUGAGAAAGUGAGCAAGCUGAGUCUGGUGGAUCUGGCUGGCAGUGAGCGGGCGGCCAAGACCGGAGCAGCAGGGGAAAGACUCAAAGAAGGCAGCAACAUAAAUAAAUCUCUCAGCACUCUAGGUUUGGUCAUCUCUGCCUUGGCUGACCAGGGAGCUGGGAAGAACAGAAGCAAGUUUGUUCCCUACAGAGACUCUGUCCUCACCUGGCUCCUCAAGGACAGUUUGGGAGGAAACAGUCGCACCGCCAUGGUGGCCACCAUCAGCCCAGCUGCCGACAACUACGACGAAACACUGUCCACGCUGCGCUACGCCGACCGGGCGAAGAGCAUCGUCAACCACGCAGUGGUCAAUGAAGACCCCAACGCCAGAAUCAUCCGGGAGCUGAGAGAGGAAGUGGAGAAGCUGAGGGAGCAGCUGACCGAAGCUGAGUCCAUGAAGGCUCCCGAGCUGAAGGAGCGACUGGAGGAGUCUGAGAAACUGAUCCAGGAGAUGACGGUCACAUGGGAGGAUAAGCUCAGAAAGACAGAGGCCAUCGCUCAGGAGCGUCAGAGGCAGCUGGAGAGUUUGGGCAUUUCCCUGCAGUCUUCAGGCAUCAGAGUGCUGGAUGACAAAUGUUUCCUGGUCAACCUGAACGCAGACCCUGCCCUCAACGAGCUGCUGGUGUAUUAUCUCAAAGACCACACACGUGUCGGCUCAGCUGACUCGCAAGACAUUCAGCUGUGUGGAAUGGCGAUCCAAGCCGAACACUGCAUCAUCGACUUGACAGAAGACAAUGGCGUCAUGCUCACGCCUCACCGCAAUGCCAGAACAUGUGUGAACGGAGCCGUGGUGACCGCUCCAGUCCAGCUUCAACAUGGAGACCGAAUUCUCUGGGGCAACAACCACUUUUUCAGGAUCAACCUGCCACGACACAUGGGCCGUGCUGCGGGGGAGGAUGAGGACAGUGGUGCUGCCAUGAAGACCAGCCUGAGCACUGAUCACCUGGAGGUGGACCAUGAAGGCACCAGUGACGUGUCCAGCGAAUUGAGUUUUGGCUAUGAGUUUGCACAAGCUGAAGUCAUGAUGAAAGGCAUGGGCAACAACGACCCGCUGCAGUCCGUCUUGCAGACCCUGGAGCGCCAGCACGAGGAAGAAAAGCGCUGCGCGCUGGAGCGUCAGAAGCAAAUGUACGAGCAGGAACUGCAGCAGCUUCGACUCCGUCUGACUCCAGAGAAACAGUCCGCCCAUCUUGAUGUCACAGGACUGACCCCUAACGUCACUGCAACCGGGACAUCACCCGGCUCGCACAAGCGCAUGCGCCGCUGGAGUGAGGACAGGGAGGCCAUGAUGACGCGCAGCCUGCGUCGUCUCAGGGAGCAGAUCGUUCGAGCAAACCUUUUGGCUCAAGAGGCUCAGUUCAUAGCCGAGGAACUCAACAAGAGGACGGAAUACCUGGUGACUUUGCAGAUACCUGCUGCCAAUCUGGAUGCUAACAGAAAGCGGGAUGUUGUGUUGAGCGAGCCAGCCAUUCAGGUCCGCCGCAAAGGAAAGGGCAAGCAAAUCUGGGCCCUGGAGAAGAUGGAGAACCGCCUGGUGGACAUGAGAGAACUCUACCAGGAGUGGAAGGGCUUCGACGAGGACGAUCCGGUGAUGCGAUCGUAUUUCAAACGUGCCGACCCGUUCUUCGACGAGCAGGAGAACCACAGUCUCAUUGGAGUGGCCAACGUCUUCCUGGCGUGCCUCUUCUACGAUGUCAAACUCCAGUAUGCUGUGCCUAUCAUCAACCAGAAGGGGGAGGUCGCAGGUCGACUGCACGUGGAGGUUUGGCGAGGAACUGAAAGCACAGAGGACGAGAGUUCACAACAGUUGAACACCGAAGGAGAAGCUCAGGAGCGGAAACUGGACUGUGUGGUGAAAAUUCUCCAGGCGACAGGCCUGCCUCGCCACCUGUCCAACUUUGUAUUCUGCCAGUAUCACUUUUGGGGUCAGGAGGAGGUCGUGUUCAUCGCCCCAGAGAUGGCAGAGUCCAAUUCAUCUUCUGCCUCUAAAGACCCUCAGUGCACAGUGGUGUUCGACAGUGCAAAGGAGUUGUCUGUGCCAGUGUCGGAGGACUUUGUGGAGUUUUUGGCAGAAGGAGCCGUGGCAAUAGAAGUAUACGGCCACAAACAGGCCAAUCAUCGCAGGAACCUGGCACUGUGGGACCUGGGAGUCAUUCAAGCCAAGACCCGGUCGCUGAGAGAGAGGUGGAGUGAGGUGACCCGUCGACUAGAGCUGUGGGUGCAGGUGAUGGAGCUCAACGAAGCUGGAGAGUUCACUGCCGUUGAGGUUCUUCCAGGAAAAGAUGUCCGAACUGGAGGAAUCUUUCAGCUCAAGCAGGGUCAGUCUCGGCGUGUUCAGGUGGAGGUGCGGCCUGUUCCAGAUUCCGGCACGAUGCCACUGAUCUCCGUCUCCAUCCUGUCUGUGUCCAUCGGAGACGUCAAAGUCCAACAGCCACGCAUCACCAAAGGAAGGGAACCUCAAUGGGGUGCCGGUGAGGACAUGGACAGCUACCAAGAGGUGGACUUGGAGAGGAUGAGGGAGCAAUGGUUGCUGACCCUCACUCAGAGGCAGGAGUACCUGGAUCAACAGCUGCAGAAGAUUGUCUCCAAACCAGAUAAGUCAGAGGACGAUGUUGAGAGGGAGUCUCAGCUGCUGGAGUGCCGACUGACUCUGACAGAGGAACGUAACGCCGUUCUGGUGCCGUCUGCUGGCAGUGGCAUCCCCGGAGCGCCAGUCGAGCGAGUCCCUGAUCCUGGCAUGGAAACACACAUCCCAGUUCUGUUCCUGGAUCUCAGUGCCGACGAUUUCCAGUCAAACCUCUCCGCGCCACUCGCCGGAGGACUGGACGCUUUCCUAAACGGAGAGGAUGAAGACGAGUUCUUUGACCUUCACAUUGUGAAACAUUAUGACCCAGAGGUGAAGGUGGAAGCGUCCUGGGACUCCACUGUCCACGAGUGCCCAGAGUUAAGUCGCGUUGCCUCCACAGAGCAGAGGGUUUACCUCACAGUUCGGGUGGUCCUCCAGCUGAGCCACCCGGCCCACAUGCAGCUCGUCCUAAGGAAGCGCAUCUGUGUGAAUCUAACCGGGAGACAGGGCUUUGCUCAGAGCCUCCUGAAGAGAAUGUCCCAGCGCAGCACCAUCCCUGGCUGUGGAGUCACUUUUGAAAUCGUCUCUAACAUCCCCGGAGACAUCCACGGUCCAGAGGACAGAGAGAUGUUGGCACGCCUGGCCGCCAGCGCUGAAGACGAGCAGUCCGCCGAUAGCGAAGCGGCUAUCGAGAAGUACCUGCGCAGCGUUCUGGCCGUGGAGAACAUUCUCACUCUGGACCGACUCCGCCAGGAGGUGACGGUGAGGGAGCAGCUGGCUGUGAAAGGAAAAACUCCACGUCGCUGCCUCAGCUCGCCCAACGUCCACCAACUUUCAACCAGCAACCUGGAGCUUUACUCUGCCUGUCACAGGCUCAAUGACUUCAAGGGCUGGGAGAGCCACCAGGACCUCUCCGUCUCGUCCGCUGCCCCCCGGCGCACCCUCACCUCCUCCAUAUCUCAGAACUUGAACCCAGAAACAGUGAAGGCCGUUCCCAAACUCCUGAGGUCGCUGCUUCCUGGCGGAUGGGAGGAGAGCAGAGAGGGGACGGCGUCCACUCAGCAGACUUUGCCUCGGAUCAUGGUGCAGUCGGCCAGUGUGGAGGAAGGUCUGAGCAAACAGCAGCAGGUUCACCACGAGGAGGUGUUCUCACCUGAAGUCCCCGCAGACCGGACCGUGCCCCUCCCGCCGCCUAUCAUCCGAGAGACGGAUGACGGCAGCCCGGUGAGCGAAGCCUCCAGCGGCUACAUGUCCACCAGUAUUUCUACGGCAACCCUGUCGGAGGUCUACACGCUGAGCUGGGACCUUCCCCCGGCCAGCGGUGCCAGGACCGACGGCUCAGAGGACGCGGCAGCGGAGGGAGUUCGUGGAGCGUCUGGACUGGGACAGGAGUCACCCGUGGAUGGUGACUCUGUAGGUGCUUCGAAUCCUCCUCAGCGGAUCUCAGAGGAGGCACGAGAGCCGCACAGUGAUGUGGAGCUGGAGCAGUCUAAACAAAAACAAGACCCACCAGUCACUGGAUCAGAACCAGGUCCAGAAGAAGCUUCAACGGCGGUCGGCAUGAUAGAGGCACAGGACACUGCAGAAGAGGAAAAACCUGCCCUGACUCAAGUUUUGGAGCCACUUCCUGCCCAGUCACAGGGCUCCAGGGAGCAUCUUCUCGACUCCACCGAAACUGCAGUCAGUGCUCCAUCUGACAAGGUCCAACCAAGGUUAGAGUCCUCAGCUAAGCCUCCUCCGUCUGGUGAUGGACCGACCAAACCUGCGCUGGCAGCCAGCCCCUUCAAGAUCCAGAAGGUCCAGUCAUCUGACCUCAAGUCAUUCCAACGGAUGGUGGGCGAACAGGACAGAGGCGGCAGCACCGGACCUCAGCUGACCGUUCCCGUGGAGACACUGGAAAUCAUCUCCGAUUCUGAGGAAGGAGACGCCGCGGCCAGCGUGUGUCCCGACUGGCUGAAGGAAGGAGAGUUUGUGACGGUGGGAGCCAACAAGAGCGGGACCGUGCGGUACGUGGGACCCACGGACUUCGCUCAGGGCACCUGGGUGGGCGUGGAACUGGAGGUACCAGCAGGGAAGAACGACGGCUCUGUGGGCGGGAAACACUACUUCCACUGUAACCCAGGUUACGGUGUCCUGGUCAGACCCAACAGGGUGAGCCGGGGCGGAGCCAAGCGCCGCCGUCAGAGCCAGCAGAACAAACGGCGCAGCGCCAACUUUUCCGGAUCCACACCAAACCUGGCAGCUCUGACUGCUCUAGCUAAAGGUGAGGGCGCGGCGCCACCCUCAGGCAGGAACAAAGGGGAGAACCGUAAAUCCUGGAACACUUGAACUGGUCACUUUGACCUUAAGGAGGACAGAGGAUGGGAUCUAUCAUCCGUCACCUCCUCAGAAAGAGAUUUUAACUCACGAGUAAAGAUGAAUUAAACUCAAACAAAGUUGCCUAAAGUAAUGUGAUUUGUUCGUGGGGCACUUCAUGCCAAAAACAUUGUCUUCCCAGCGACUGAGAAGGUUCCUAACAUGACUAAAUCACUUUAAUACUUCACUUGAACACAACCGCCUCAGUAACAACGCAGUGUUUCUAAAAACUGUUUCACAGCGCCGGACACUUUCAGAAUCAUUUCAUUCACAACCUUUUAACGGUGAGGCUACGAGUGCCGCGUGUCGGUACGGGGUUCAACUGAUGCCAAAAGACCACUUAAACAGAUACAGCUCGCCUUGAAACCACAGCAAAUCCGAAAUGCCUUAAUCGUAUCUCUUUUAAGAACCGGUCAUGAAUGUGUAUUUCUACUCUUUUUAGCAACAAACAUGCACAUUUUUUACUGUACUCUGCUCAGUCUGACUGUAAGGGUGAAUGUCUUUUUUUAAAUCAGUACAGGGGGGAUGUUUGUCUUUAUCACUGUGACAUAUUUAUUAAAAGACGCUUUGUUAAUAAAAUACUUGAAGUUUUGCUUU